UGAUUCAUGUGAAUACCUUCUCUCAAGUGGCAGAUUUCUUGGAGAGAAAGUUUGGCAACCUCACAGUUGUAUGAUGCAUAAAUACAAAAUCAGUGAAGCAAAGAACUGCCUAGUAGAUAAACAUAUUGCAUUUAUUGGAGAUUCCAGAAUUCGUCAAUUGUUUUAUUCUUUCGUAAAAAUAAUUAAUCCCCAAUUCAAAGAAGAAGGAAAUAAGCAUGAAAACAUUCCUUUUGAAGACAAGAUUGCAUCAGUUAAAGUGGAUUUUCUGUGGCAUCCAGAAGUUAAUGGUUCAAUGAAACAGUGUAUCAAAGUGUGGACUGAGGAUUCCAUUGCAAAGCCCCAUGUGAUUGUAGCAGGAGCUGCCACGUGGUCCAUCAAGAUUCACAAUGGUAGCAAUGAAGCACUUUCGCAAUACAAAAUGAACAUUACCUCCAUAGCACCACUUUUAGAAAAAUUGGCAAAGACUAGUGAUGUUUAUUGGGUCUUACAAGAUCCUGUUUAUGAAGAUCUGUUAAGUGAAAAUAGGAAGAUGAUCACUAAUGAGAAGAUAGAUGCCUACAACGAAGCUGCAGUCAGUAUUUUGAAUAGUAGCACCAGAAAUUCUAAAUCGAAUGUUAAGAUGUUCAGUGUUUCCAAAUUAAUUGCUCAAGAAACUAUCAUGGAAUCUUUGGAUGGCUUACAUCUUCCUGAAUCAAGCAGAGAAACUAGUGCAAUGAUUCUUAUGAACGUAUAUUGCAAUAAGAUUUUGAAGCCUGUAGAUGGUUCCUGUUGUCAACCUCGGCCUCCUCUUACUCUCAUACAGAAGCUAGCUGCUUGCUUUUUCACCUUAUCUAUUAUUGGAUAUUUAAUUUUUUAUAUAAUUCAUCGUAAUGCUCAUCGGAAGAAUAAGUCAUGUACUGAUUUGGAAAGUGGAGAGGAAAAGAAAAAUAUUAUCACUAUCCCUGUGUCUCCAUUAGAAGUACUUUUACAGUCUUUCUGCAAACUUGGUCUGAUUAUGGCUUAUUUCUAUAUGUGUGAUCGUGCAAAUCUGUUUAUGAAGGAAAACAAGUUUUAUACGCAUUCAUCUUUCUUUAUUCCAAUUAUCUACAUCUUGGUUUUGGGAGUAUUUUACAAUGAAAAUACUAAGGAGACUAAAGUAUUAAAUAGAGAACAAACAGAUGAAUGGAAAGGCUGGAUGCAACUAGUAAUUUUGAUUUAUCACAUCUCUGGAGCAAGUACAUUCUUGCCUGUAUACAUGCACAUUCGAGUUCUGGUUGCUGCUUAUCUGUUUCAGACAGGGUAUGGGCAUUUCUCGUAUUUUUGGAUCAAAGGAGACUUUGGAAUCCAUAGAGUAUGUCAGGUCUUAUUUCGCCUCAAUUUCCUGGUGGUGGUCUUAUGUAUAGUAAUGGAUCGGCCUUAUCAGUUCUAUUACUUUGUCCCUUUGGUCACAGUAUGGUUCAUGACCAUAUAUGUUACAUUAGCAAUAUGGCCACAAAUAAUCCAAAAAAAAGCAAACGGAAAUUGUUUCUGGCAUUUUGGCUUACUGUUGAAACUAGCCUUUUUGCUGUUAUUCAUAUGUUUUUUGGCAUAUUCUCAGGGUGCAUUUGAAAAGAUCUUUUCUCUUUGGCCAUUGUCCAAGUGUUUUGAACUGAAAGGGAAUGUAUAUGAAUGGUGGUUCAGAUGGAGGUUAGACCGUUAUGUAGUCUUCCAUGGAAUGUUGUUUGCUUUCAUUUAUCUGGCUUUACAGAAACGCCAAUUACUUUCUGAAGGAAAGGGUGAACCUCUUUUUCCAAACAAAAUUUCAAAUUUUCUGUUGUUUAUUUCAGUAGUUUCUUUUUUGACCUAUUCCAUCUGGGCUAGCAGUUGUAAAAACAAAGCAGAGUGCAAUGAACUCCAUCCAUCUGUUUCUGUGGUACAGAUUUUAGCCUUCAUCCUUAUUCGGAACAUCCCUGGAUACGCGCGUUCUGUUUACAGUUCAUUUUUUGCUUGGUUUGGAAAAAUUUCAUUAGAGCUGUUUAUCUGCCAAUAUCACAUAUGGCUGGCAGCAGACACACGGGGUAUCUUGGUGCUCAUUCCUGGAAACCCGAUGCUCAACAUCAUUGUCAGCACUUUCAUAUUUGUUUGUGUGGCACAUGAAAUCUCUCAGAUCACUAAUGAUCUGGCACACAUUAUUAUUCCUAAAGAUAACUCAUCUCUCUUGAAAAGGUUGGCAUGUAUAGCUGCAUUUUUGUGGACUCCUCAUCUUAUCAUCCAUUCAAGAUAAAUCAAAAGAUUAGGUUCCUAAAACUUAACUCUUUUGGCUUACUUUGUGUCUGCCUGAAGAAGAAAAACAUCUAUGUGGAGAUAUAAAUAGAUAUGUAAAUAUAAAUACGUGUGGCAAGAGGACAGUUCUGUGACAUCUAUUGAACAUGCAUGAUUGUAUAUACUGGAAAUGUAUAUAGCAAUGUGAAAUACUAAAAAGAAUCGAUGAACCAGAAUGCGUUGUAUAGGAUUGCAUGUGAAAAUUUCUUUUUCUACUGAAUCUAUAUUUCCAUUUAUAAGUGAUUUUAAGUUAACCUAUGAAAGCAGGGAAAUGAUUACCUUUCCAGCAAAAAGUACAGAUAAUUUAAUUUAGCUUAGUGAGGCCACUGAGUGUUUUGAUAUUACUAAAUUUGUGUUUAUAAAACUGCACCUGUAUUCAUCAUGGAACUUCCUAUUUCACUGAAAACUUUCUUACUCAAAAAUGACUGCAGUGUUGUUUUCUUGUCAUAUGUGCAAUGUUAUGGAAUGAUAAACAGUAUGCCUUUAAUUUAUAUGUGUUCAUGUUCUGAUGUUAAAUGUUCCUGAAAUGAUUUUUCUUCCUAACUGUGGUUUUCGGGUAUACAAGCCUAAAUCUUUGUAUACUUUGUGUUACAUAGUAGUUCUAGGGUUCCAUGGCAGGAGGUUUGUCACUGUUGGUGUUACGUUGCUUCUUUUUAUGAAAUGGCCAAAUUUUCUUUCCAAUCCAAACAUGCACCCGUUUCCCUUCCACAAGCUACACCAGUGUAAUACCAAUUGCCCUGUGGAUCCAUUUAAUAUAUUUUCUCCCCAAUAAUUAAUUUUUGUAUAUUAUUUCCAAUGUUUGGAAAGCUCUUUAUAGCCAUUUUGGUAUUCCCCCCUCCUGUUUUUAAAAAAUAUUUAUCAGUCUGAACUUGUGCAGUGUAGUAAACAUGUAAAUUGUUAUGAUUAAGAUGUAUUACCAUGAGUAGAGUUUUAAGUAAACCAGUGACUUUGGGCAAUAAAUAUUUUUGUUUGUUUUGUUUUGUUCUUACAAGCUAACUAUUAGAAGUACACAUUUAUUUAUCUGUACAGAUUUGAUUAUGAUUUUUAAUGUUUGAAAGAUUGCACUUGUUUGCUUUUACUAUGUGGGGUAAAAUAUUUUUUCUGUUCACCGUAUGUGAAAAUAUGGAGUAAUUUAAACAUUAAAUAAACGUCUGUGGAUGCUUAUUUUUCUAUUGGCAAAGUAUCAAUUAAACUAUAUGUGUUCUCUUU